UAUCAUGGUUACCACCAAAAUGACUGCUGCCUUUAGAAACACUAGUGGGAAGCAGGUGGCGACAGACAAGGUUGCAGAAAAGCUGAGUUCUACUCUCACAUGGGUGAAGAACACAGUAUCGCAUACAGUCAGUCAGAUGGCCAGUCAGGUGGCAAGUCCAUCUACUUCCCUGCACACUACAUCCUCAUCUACCACACUAUCAACACCAGCCCUGUCCCCAUCUUCUCCAUCACAGUUGAGUCCAGACGACAUAGAACUCCUGGCUAAACUGGAGGAACAAAAUAGAUUGUUAGAGACGGAUAGCAAGUCGUUAAGAUCUGUAAAUGGAUCAAGAAGAAACAGUGGCUCCUCUCUUGUAUCAAGUUCAUCAGCCUCCAGCAACCUCAGCCAUCUUGAAGAAGAUUCCUGGAUUCUUUGGGGAAGAAUUGUUAAUGAAUGGGAAGAUGUACGCAAAAAGAAGGAAAAGCAAGUUAAGGAACUUGUUCGUAAAGGGAUACCCCACCACUUUAGAGCUAUUGUGUGGCAACUUUUAUGCAGUGCACAAAGUAUGCCAAUUAAGGAUCAGUAUUCAGAACUCUUGAAAAUGACCUCACCUUGUGAAAAAUUAAUCCGAAGGGACAUCGCUAGAACUUAUCCGGAACAUAACUUUUUUAAGGAAAAAGAUAGCCUUGGACAGGAAGUUUUAUUUAAUGUAAUGAAGGCGUAUUCUUUAGUGGAUCGUGAGGUUGGUUAUUGUCAAGGAAGUGCUUUUAUAGUUGGAUUAUUACUUAUGCAGAUGCCAGAAGAAGAAGCUUUCUGUGUGUUUGUUAAAUUAAUGCAAGACUAUAGACUUCGUGAACUUUUUAAACCAAGUAUGGCAGAAUUGGGCCUUUGUAUGUACCAGUUUGAAUGCAUGAUACAGGAACAUCUUCCCGAGCUCUUUGUACACUUUCAAGCUCAGAGUUUUCAUACCUCAAUGUAUGCAUCAUCCUGGUUUCUGACUAUCUUUCUUACAACUUUUCCACUAUCAACUGCAACAAGGAUAUUUGAUAUCUUUAUGUCUGAGGGUCUAGAAAUAGUGUUUCGAGUAGGAUUAGCACUUCUUCAAAUGAAUCAGGCAGAACUAAUGCAACUUGACAUGGAAGGGAUGUUGCAGCACUUUCAAAAGGUCAUUCCACAUCAGUUUGAUGGUGGUACAGACAAAUUAAUCCAGGCAGCUUACCAAGUCAAAUACAACUCAAAAAAAAUGAAAAAGCUUGAAAAGGAAUACACUACAAUAAAAACUAAAGAAAUGGAAGAGCAAGUUGAGAUUAAAAGGUUACGCACAGAAAAUAGACUUUUAAAGCAACGCAUUGAAACGUUAGAAAAACAUAAAUGCAGUUCCAACUACAAUGAAGAUUUUGUGCUACAGCUAGAGAAGGAAUUGGUCCAAGCCCGACUGAGUGAAGCUGAAUCUCAGUGUGCACUAAAGGAAAUGCAGGAUAAAGUCCUUGAUAUAGAGAAGAGGAACAGCUCCCUGCCUGAUGAGAAUAACGUCGCAAGACUUCAGGAAGAACUCAUUGCUGUGAAACUGAGAGAAGCAGAAGCUAUUAUGGGUUUGAAAGAACUUAGACAGCAAGUCAAGGAUUUAGAGGAACACUGGCAGCGUCACUUAGCUCGUACUAGUGGGAGAUGGAAAGACCCACCUAAGAAGAAUGCUGUGAAUGAGUUACAAGAUGAACUGAUGACCAUUCGACUUAAAGAAGCUGAAACACAGGCAGAAAUAAAAGAAAUAAAGCAAAGGAUGAUGGAAAUGGAAACACAGAACCAGAUCAACAGUAACCAUCUUCGAAGAGCAGAACAGGAGGUGGUCAGUUUACAGGAGAAGGUGCAGUAUCUUUCUGCGCAGAACAAAGGACUACUUACGCAAUUAAGUGAAGCAAAGCGCAAACAAGCAGAGAUUGAAUGCAAGAACAAGGAAGAGGUGAUGGCUGUGAGACUUCGGGAAGCAGAUAGCAUAGCUGCGGUGGCUGAACUACAGCAACACAUUGCAGAGCUUGAAAUCCAGAAAGAAGAAGGAAAGUUUCAAGGACAGCUUAACAAGUCUGACUCUAACCAGUAUAUUAGGGAACUGAAAGAUCAGAUAGCAGAGUUGAAUCAUGAGCUUAGGUGUCUAAAAGGCCAGAGAGGCUUCUCGGGCCAAGCCUCUUUUGAUGGAAUCCACAUUGUCAACCAUUUCAUGGGAGAUGAUGAAUCAUUCCAUUCCUCUGAUGAAGACUUCAUAGAUAAUUCCUUACAAGAAGGUGGCAUUGAUUUUCCUUCGCACAGAAAAUCUGACCCAAUGUCUUUGGAUCCCACUGUGGGAGAUGAUAGUGAGAAUGAAACAGAAGACAGUGUGUUGGAGACAAGAGAGAGCGAUCUAGUGGUUCAGAAGCAGCAUCCUCCAAGAAGAGAAUCAUACUCAACCACUGUCUGACUAUCACUGUGAUCUAGAUUGUAGAUUUCUUUAAGGGAUCAGUUAUCAUACAAUUAGGGGCUUGGGGAACAUACCUGUUUCAUAUGUACAUAUAUAUAUAUAUUAUAUAUUAUAUAUUUUACAAUCUUAUUUGCCUUUUUAUCUUUGCCAAAUGUUUACCUUUGACUUAACCAUUGCCAUAAAGUAGACUGAGAUGUGGUUAAUGGGUAAAAUAAGGUUCUAACAGUAUUACUGAGUAUUAAUGCUCUUUGUUUAGAAAAUGCAACAAUAUCAAUAUGAACCAUUCUGAAGUUCAGAAGUAUAGAAUAUUGAAUUAUCCUCAGACAACUGUUCUUGUGCAAUAUUUUAUGCUCAGUGAACAAAUUGUAUAUUUGUGAUUAUCAAUUUAUUUUCAGGAUGGCUGUCCUCAAACAUUUGACCAAGAUAUACUUCUGAUUUACCUUG